AUGCUGAAGAAGAGGAUUGUAAAAGGGGAUGAGGAGAAAGGAAGUGGGCAGAAUGUGGAGGUAAACCUGCAAAAAGAGGUCAAUAUUCAGAAUGGAGUGGAUCAUGUGGUGACUAAUAUUGCUGAUAAAGGGAAAGGAAUUGUACAGAUUAUGCCAGGAGGAAAUCAAAAACAAGUUUUUAAAAGAAAGGAGGUUGUUCAUAAGCCAGAGAUUGGAAAUAGAUUUAGUGCUCUGGCUUUGGAUGAACAGAGUCAUGUUGUGGAAAGUGGAGAACAUUUGAUUGAGCCAGCUGUACGAAUUGGGGAAAAAAUUGUUCGCAUGAAGUAG